AUGUCAAAAAAGCAAGAGAAAUUGACACAAGAGGAGAUAUGGGAUGAUUCUGCCCUGAUUGACUCUUGGAACGAAGCCUUACAAGAGUACAAGGUAACAUUCAUGCUAAGGGCGGAAGUGUACGGGAGUUGGAGCCUCAAAAUCGGUAAGUUGAGACCUCAAGAGGUGAGCUUCACUCGGCUAACGAGUGAACGAAGGGCCGAGGCGGAGGCUGAGUCUGGAUCUGAGCAACCCCAAGUUACAGAAACAGAAGAGAUUGAGUUGGAAUCGGGAACAGCAGAACAAAACAAGGAUAUCCCAUCAUCGCGCAAUGAGUCUAAGGAGCCAAUCGCGUCUCAAGGGACUCCCUCAUUUCCUAUACAAACCGUCCUCGGUUCCGUCCAGGACGAAAGCCUCAAGAAACUCCUUAUGUCAUGGUACUAUGCUGGGUACUACACAGGGUUGUACGAAGGGCAACAGCAAGCUCAGCAGAAGUAG